AUGCGCCUUUCGAUGCGCCUGCUUCUGCUCGGCGUCCUUGCAGGGCUAGCUGCUUGCGGCCCCCCUCUCAUCGAGGGCGACGCCCUCGGCUCGGACUCGGUCGUGCACGCCAGCAUCGACGGGCACUCGACGGAAGCGGCGCGCUCGGCUCCGCCUGGGUUUGAGACGGCUGGGGGCACCUCCCAGCGCCAAGCGGGCGGCGCCAGCCGCAACAUGCUGGGCGUCCCGACCGACGUCCAGCGCAAGAUCGACAACCGCGGCAGCCUCGGCGGGCCGCGCAAGACCUGUUCCGCCUUUGACGGCUGCCGCGGCGGCGGCGACUAUGCGGAGAAGAUGGUGAGUGUCGAACUCGCCGGCGCCGGCGCGGCAGGAUCGAGCGCACAUCACGCGCCGAGCGCCUCUGCGUCGCUUGGCGAGGACGCGUGCGCGGAGGUGGCCAAGAGUGAGAAGUGCGUCAUGAACGAGUGCGCGUGCGCGACCAGCGAGUCCUGGGACGCCUCAGGCACCUGCGGUGCCGACGGCGGCGAGACAUUGGGGCAUUCACGGCCGACAAUCGAGAUCGCGCAGGGCGAGAAGCUGCACCAGACCGGCGCGCGCGGCUUCGUGCGCGCCAUCGUCGACAAGAUCAGCACUUUAGUGACGGUGACGCAGCAGGGCCCGCUACGCUCGGAGCGCAUGGCUUGCGCGGACCUGUCGCAGGAGAACGCGGCGGAGGACGCCGUCCUGACGGCGGCCGUGCUGCCCUUCGCCCACGAGCGCGGCGCGCCGGCGGCUGCAACCACCAGCGGCCCCAUCGCGGGCGACACGGAUCACGGCCGGUUCGACCUCAGUCAGUGGCUCAGCGGAGGCCGCGGCGCCCUGCUGAGCAUUCGCUGCGGCACGUGGGUCUCGUUUGCAACGCUGAGCGUUUGUGCCGGCAUGUGCGUUGUGCUCAUGUGGCGGCGGCGCACGUUGGCCGCAUUACAACGCAGGUGGGCUUGGCUUCACGUUAACAACUUUGACGAAGUCAAGGGGACAGCGCAGCUCAGCCUCUUCUCUCGAAUGAAGUACGGGCAUACCCCGUCGAUCAAGCAGUGGGUUGACGUCCUCGAACAGCGCCUGUCAGCGCUGGCUCCUGCCGGAGCUCGUAUUUGCAUCGCGGGCUCUUCGUGCGGCCUCGUUCCCAAUUGCGCAAACCUGGUGGUAGACGAGCUCGUGCGCCGCACCGGUGGGCGCUACCGGCGUGUGCACGUCAGCGUGAGCUUGCCCAAAGAUCAGUCUCUCCGCAGCCUCAACUAUUGCAAUCUGAGCAUGGCGGAGCGGGAGGCUGAGAUGGCGACUCGAUCGGUGCGCGUGCUGGAGCCGGAAGUCCUCGGAGAGAGCGAUGCAGUGCUUGUCGUCGACGACAUAAUCUCGACGGGGCUGCAUGAGCAGCAGCUCCGAGAGGCCCUCUCCAAGCACAUCGACGAGCGACGACUCGGCUUCUGGUACUUCAUCGCCCUCUCCCCGGAGAGCGACCCGAAGACUGAGUACGCGCUGGCGCACGCGCUCUACCCGGACGCGACCAAGCUGUGUUGCGACAUCGCCGCCAGCCCCGACGGCGCGCACCAGAUCACAAAGCGCAUGCUCACCUUCCUGCUGACCGGCGACUUGCCUCCAGACUUUGCGCACCUCAGCGCGCUGCCCGCCGGGUUCAUCCGGCGGCUCCUCGACACGCUCGACUCGUCUGGCCUCCGCCACCUCCCGAGCUACCAGGCGGGUUACUGCGCGUUGGCAGAGCUCCAUCAGCGCGCGUCGGUGGCCACGCGGCGGCUUGUGGCGCGGGCGCCGGUGCCCGACGUCAACGCGUGCAUGGACAGGGUGGAGCUGCGUGCAGGCGAGAAGCUCGUCUGGCACUUCCGACACGGAGAGUCGGCGGCGAAUGCCGCCGGUCAGGUCGCCUCGGAGGCGGACGGGGAUCGCGGCGACGGGCUGUGCACCGAGCGACAGCGGCACGAGGCCGACGCGGACUAUGCAGACGCGCGGCUCACGGCCACGGGCAUCGCGCAGGCGCAGGCGCGUCGCGCCGAUCUGGGCGUCUGGCGCAGGCGACCGUCCCUCAUCGUGUCGUCGCCACUGACCCGCGCUCUGCAGACCGCCGCGUAUAUCUUCGCGGACGACCUCGCGGCGGGUGUCCCGCUCGUCGUCCGCCCCGAGCUGCGCGAGUUUUUCCCAAACCUGGCGCAGGACGCUGGGAGGCCGCUGGCCGCGCUGCGCUCUGACCCCGCGAUCCGCGCCCUGCCCAAUGCGAGCGUGGUCCUAUCGGCCUUGUCGAACGAGGCGUGCGCGCAGUGGCGCCACGAGUGGGAUGAGUGGCAGGCAAACGGCAGCGCCACCGGCGCGCGCGCGCGUAGCUGGCAGGCCCACUGCGCCGACGGCGGCCGCAUCGCCGACUUCAAGGCGUGGCUGCACGGCCAGGGCCACACCUUUGUGGCGACCGUAUCCCACUACGGCACCGUCAACGCCCUCGUCAACCACGAGCCGUGCGUCGAGGCUAGCGGGCAGCCGCGCCGCCCGGCAGAGGAGGUUGGGGGCCGGAAUGCCUUCGCAUGGAGGCUUGGCGUGCUCCCGCCAGAGGGCGGCAUGAAGAUCAGCAUGCCCAACUGCGGCCAUCUCGCUCUCGUGUACAGCGAGGAAGACUCGGAAGCAGACUAG